UGCAAAUAUGAAAUAAUACUGAGUUCAAUUAGUAACGCCAAAGAAAUGGAUUUUACUGCAACUUCUUCUUCUAGUAGCAGAGUUGUGUGGUUAAUUUCAGUUUCAUUGAUUUUAGUGUCUCUUUAUUUUGGUUUACAAAGUUCAAGUACUUUCCCUUUAGUCCUUUCUUUUGGCAAUUUUUCUCAGUUUUUAGCAACAAAUGUUUCUUCCAAGAAAGAGAGCCAACUGAAUAAUUCACAACCAAUUGUUAAAUUACAAAAGAAGUUGAGCAGUUUAGAGAGACUUGAAGCUGGCCUUGUACGAGCAAGAGCUGCUAUAAAACAAGCUCAGAGUAAAAAUCAAACAUUUGAUGAUCCUGAGUAUGUUCCUACUGGUCCAAUUUACUGGAAUCCCAUUGCCUUCCACAGGAGCUACUUGGAAAUGGAAAAACAUUUCAAGAUAUAUGUAUAUGAGGAAGGUGAACCCCCUGUUUUUCACUAUAGUGCUAGUCAAGGAAUACUGGGAAUUGAAGGAAUUCUAAUUCAUCAGCUUGAGAUUAGCAAGUUUAGGACUAAUGAUCCUGAAAAAGCUCAUGUUUACUUCCUCCCCUUCAGUGUAUUGUCAAUAGUAAGCUAUGUUUAUGUUGUCGAUUCUCGGGAAUGGGGUCCUAUGCGGAAUACAGCAGCAGAUUAUAUUGAUAAUAUCUCAAGAAAAUACCCUUAUUGGAACAGAAGCCUUGGAUCAGAUCACUUUAUGCUUGCUUGCCAUGAUUGGGGGCCUAGAAUUUCGUUAGCUAAUCCUUACUUGUACAAGAACUCAAUAAGAGUUCUAUGUAAUGCAAACACAUCUGAAAGAUUCAAUCCUUCAAAGGAUGUAUCGUUGCCAGAAAUCUAUCUCCCUCAAGGUACAACCGAUGGUUUAAUUGGAGGGCCGUCUCCAUCACAUCGUUCUGUUUUAGUUUUCUAUGCUGGAGGUAUUCAUGGCUACAUAAGGCAAGUGCUAAUGGAGUAUUGGGGAAAGAACGAUGAUCCUGACGUGCAAAUACACGAGUACCUUCCGAAGAAUGUGUCGUACUAUGGCAUGAUUAGAAAGAGUAAGUAUUGUAUUUGCCCGAGUGGUUGGGAAGUGGCUAGUCCGAGAAUGGUCGAGGCACUUUACAUGGGUUGUGUUCCGAUACUCUUAAAGGAUCAUUAUGUCGCGCCCUUUAGUGAUGUUUUGAACUGGAAAAGUUUUGCUGUUGAAAUGACUUCGAACGAUAUACCUAAUCUGAAGAAAAUCUUGAAUGCAAUACCUCAGAGACAGUACAUCAAAAUGCACAAGAGAGGACUUCAAGUAAGGAGACAUUUUGAGGUAAAUUUUCCUCCUAGAAGAUAUGAUGUUUUUCAUAUGAUUCUUCAUUCCAUUUGGCUCAGACGGCUCAAUAUUCAUGUUCAUGACACUAAGGAAUAAGGAUGAAUUAUCGAUUCAUGUGAAGUAUACGAUAUGGUGUCCAUCUCAUUCAAAUGAUUUGGUAGCCAAUUUUGUUGACUUGGUUUGUUUUG